UCUAGUCCAUGUUGUAGGUCUCUCAUUACUCCACGUACUCCACACUGUUCACUACCCAAUUAUAUGUUCAUUACCCAAUUAUAUGGGGUGAUGGCUUCACGUUUUACGUUUGCUGCAGCCUAGGAUUGUGAAAACUCAAGUCCACACCCGUGGGAAUCGGGUCUGCUAUACAAAACAAAGCAUUCCUCCAUUCAUUCGUUGCCUUCAUCACAUACCCAUUUGCCUUGCCUCGUGACUUCUUAAGCUCAGAGUACAGAAAUUGAGCCUUUAAGGAAUGCUGCAGCUUCAAGGGCGGUGAUUGUUCUGUACAGUUGAUAAGGUAAGGAAGGAUUUGGUUUCUGUAUGAAGCAGGACAAGAGUUUAAGCAAUCACAAUGGUUGCCAUCAGUUGGCUUAUAUAAUUCUGUUCUGUUUGGGGAAAUUUUUAGGCGCUGAUCUAGUAAUUUUGCCUAUGAUGGGUUGUGUACUGUGAUCUGAAAAGGCUGAUUUGAAAAAUAUAUAGAAAGUUUAGUACUGAAGUUUUGCUCAAAUCUGACAAAAAAAUUGUUUGUUCUUGAAGUGAAAAAUGAUUACUGCCAAGGACCUGUACAAUGUACUCAGCGCGGUAGUACCACUGUAUGUGGCCAUGAUUCUGGCAUAUGGGUCUGUGAAGUGGUGGAAAAUAUUUACUCCUGAUCAGUGCUCUGGAAUAAACCGUUUCGUGGCUAUUUUUGCAGUCCCACUGCUGUCUUUCCAUUUUAUCUCCACCAACAAUAUAUAUGCCAUGAAUUACAGAUUCAUUGCUGCAGAUUCCUUGCAGAAGGUCAUUAUAUUGCUUGUCCUUGGUACUUGGACGCAGUUUGGGAACAGUGGGAGCUUGGAGUGGAUGAUUACAUUGUUUUCAUUGUCUACCCUGCCUAAUACGUUGGUGAUGGGGAUUCCUCUGCUUAAGGGCAUGUAUGGGGAGUCCUCUGGGAGUUUGAUGGUGCAGGUGGUUGUUAUGCAGAGUGUUAUCUGGUAUACCCUCAUGCUCAUCUUGUUUGAGUACAGAGGAGCUAAAAUGCUUAUCAUGGAGCAGUUUCCUGAUACUGCUGCUGAAAUUAUUUCGUUGAGGGUGGACUCGGACAUUGUUUCUUUGGACGGGAGAGAGCCUCUUCAGACAGAGGCUGAGAUAGGGGAAGAUGGGAAGCUUCAUGUGACAGUUCGCAGAUCCACUUCUUCCAGAUCACAGGGGUUAGGGUCUCUUCCUUCUCUCACUCCCAGGCCUUCGAAUCUGACAGGUGCAGAGAUCUAUUCUCUUCAGUCCUCUCGCAAUCCUACCCCGAGAGGAUCCAGCUUCAAUCAUUCCGAUUUCUACUCAAUGCUAUCUGGAAAUCACCGAGGAUCAACCAAUCUCAGCCCCAGGCAGUCUAAUUUUCAGUCAGCAGAUAUGUAUUCAAUGAAUUCGUCCAGGGGACCAACUCCCAGAACUUCCAACUUUGAUGAAGAAGUACCCAAGGACUUCAAGGGAUCAAAUCACACGCGUUUCGGGUCUCAUGGGUAUGCUGCCGGUUCCAUGUCUCAGUAUGGGCUAAGGCCACAGGGAAGUCUUGGUAGAAGCAUAAGCGGUGGAGUAGAAUCAUAUCCUGCUCCUAACCCUGGCAUUCUGUCCCCAAAUGAUAGCAGGACAGCCAAAAAGGAUGGAAUUAAUCGGUCACCAAAUCAAAAUCCCGGUGAUCCUAACAAGGAACUUCAUAUGUUUGUGUGGAGCUCCAGUGCUUCACCUGUUUCAGAAGCAAACCAGCUUGGAGUCCCUGCAGACAACAACAUUGUUAAAAAUGAUCCCAAAUCCCAAACUCCAGAUCAUCAUGUCAUUGAAGGGAAAGGCUUGCAACAAGAACCAAGUGAACCAUAUGAAGAAUUUGGUCGUGGUCAUUCCAGUCCUGCAAAGAAGGCGAUAGGAGAGGACGUGGAAAUGGUGGGCCCUAAUCCCAAAUUAGAUCCAGGCUGUUCUGUGGACUUCAAUGACAAAAACCAGAUUGAAACAUCAAGACAUAAAACAAACAUGCCUCCUACUAGUGUCAUGACCAGGCUUAUCCUUAUCAUGGUAUGGAGAAAACUCAUAAGAAAUCCCAACACCUAUUCCAGCGUAUUAGGCCUUAUAUGGUCGCUUGUAGCUUACAGGUGGAAUAUUAAAAUGCCAAAAUUGGUGUAUGGUUCAAUAGCCAUUUUGUCUGACGCCGGUCUCGGCAUGGCUAUGUUUAGCUUGGGAUUGUUUAUGGCACUACAACCGCGAAUCAUAGCAUGUGGAAAAUCCGUUGCUGCCUUUGCAAUGACUGUUAGAUUUCUUACUGGACCUGCUGUAAUGGCAGCUGCAUCCAUUGCUAUUGGCCUCAGGGGAACAUUGCUACACGUGGCCAUUGUUCAGGCAGCACUUCCUCAGGGCAUAGUUCCAUUUGUUUUUGCCAAGGAGUACAACAUACAUCCUGAGAUACUAAGCACAGCAGUGAUAUUUGGUAUGCUGAUUGCAUUACCAAUAACUUUGAUCUACUAUAUCCUUCUCGGUGUAUAACAAACUCAGCACAUAUCUCGACACAGAGCAGCAUUCAGUCAGUCUAAAAGCUUGGGAAGAACGUCAAAGAUGUACCUUGAUGGCUGUAACAUCAGGCAAAAUAUGACAUAAUAACUGCUACUUUGUCCUGAUACACCAUUACCAUACUCAGUGCUCAGUGUUUGAAGUUGAACUGCCCCACUACUUGUACUAUAGAUUAACAAAUCUUAUAUAGUACAGUUGUUGCUUAUAAGCUAUGGGAGAUUCAGAAGUUCUUUUGGAAACAAAUUUGUAUAGUGCUCUCAUAUAAAAGAAUGUUAAUAAAAGUUGCUGCAAGCAAUUUAUCGU